UCGCACCCAAAAAUUUACCUAAGAGCGUAAAUAUUUUCAAGCCUUCGAUUUUAUCAUGUUAGUUUUUUGACGUCAUCAAAAAAAGUAAUUUCUUUUCCUUUUUGCUUCUUUAUUUGAAUUACACCCAUAAGAAAGCAUUUGUUUAUUUUUCAGUUUUCGGAUUGAUAUCACUGUAAUUUUUUUAAAUGAUCUUACUACUGUAUGCUUUUAAAAAACGAUCAGAAUUGAAAUGUUUUUCAAAUACUAAGGACGUCAUAUAAAUUUUGUUCCAUAAUAUUUUACUUGCUUCAGCGCUGUGCGUCACGUUUGCAUACAUUUGAAAUUUUAGACGGCGCGCUGGGGGUAGGUCAAGGAAUUUUACUUCCAGUUAAACUUGCCUUUCAAUUUUUAAUGUCAUGAGUGGGGCAAAUAAGAUGCCGAAGGAUGCGGCUGUGAUGGCUGCCAUCCUGAAGGAAGCUGGCGUUACAUCCUACGAUCAACGGGUGAUUAACCAGAUGCUGGAAUUUACAUACAAAUAUGUUACUAAUAUUCUGGAAGAUGCCCGUGUGUACUGCGCUCAUGCCAAAAAGAAGAACAUUGACCUGGAUGACGUGAAGCUGGCAGUGCAGAUGCAGCUGGAUCAGAACUACACUACACCGCCACCGCGUGAUCUGCUGGCCGACAUCGCCCGCACCAGGAACAGCACGCCGCUGCCGCUCAUCAAGCCGCAGUGCGGCCUCCGGCUGCCGCCCGACCGCUACUGCCUGCUGGCCACCAACUACAAGCUGAAACCCUCGCACCCGGUCAAAAAGCCGUUGGGCCGGCCGGCCGGCGGCUCCGGCUCCCGGGUGACGGUGGGCGCCGCCAAGGGCACCAAGGUGGCCGUGGUGCCCGGCAAGGGCUCCGGCUCCGGCACCGGCUCGCCCAUGCCCAAGUUCAAGGUGCAGACCGCGUCCCAGUCCUCUGCGGGCUCUCCGGCGGCGGUGAUGCCGCGGAUCCAGUUCUCGACACCCACCCCGGACCCCACGCUGGCCGGUCUGAAACGGAAGCGCGAGGACGAGUGACCCGGCCGGGUCACCGUCAGGUCAGCGCCCUGCCCACCCUGCGGGCGACCUCUGGCCUCUCUGAGCUGCUGCUCCGCCGCGCCGCCCCGCUCUCAGUGCCGGUUGACUCCGUAGGGUGUCUGCUGUACGCCGUACGUUCACCGUGUCUGUGUGUGCUGCGUCUGUGGUACAUCCGUUCACCGUGUCUGUGUGUGCUGAGGUGGGGUGCGUCUGUGGUACAUCCGUUCACCGACUGUAUGUGGGUGGUCCAGGGAGGGUAAGAGAAGGUGAACCCCUCUGUGUGUUUGUCGACCGGUGACGUCCACUGCCGAACGAGGACCGGGUGUAAAGGUGAGAAUGGUUCGGUGUAAUUCAGAGGGCGCCGCGGGCGGUGGUUGUGUGGUUGUGUGAGCAGUGCUGAGACUGCCCCUUAGCCUCAGAGACUGGUGUCAAGUGUGCUUUGUGUUCCAUUAUACCCCACCGUGUUUGAUGCAGAGAGAGGUACAAUAAUUGUGCCGGGUGUGUUUGGGAAGGGUAGCGAAUAGCGAUGCUGAGGAGGCUUUACAGUGCCCAGCGGGGGGGGGGGGGGGGUCCAGCUAUAUCUAUAAACAAGGAGUAUCGGUUGCAGAGUUCAUCGCCAUCAUCGUUCAUACACCAUUCGAGGACAUAUUGUGAAUAUUACUGAUUAGUUACAAAUGUGUGCUUUCUCAUUCACUAUCGUAGGAAUAAACUCGUUUUAUA